UUCCUUUAAAUACACCAGACGCCUCAUCUCUUCCUCCACUCCAUUUUUGUCAUCGUCGUCCAAAAAAAAAAUAUUUUAUCUGGGAGAAGAUAUUGGAAGAGAGGUAGAGAAGGUAGCAGAAUGGAGGGGAUAGCACUCACCGGACUUCUCGCGAAGGCCGCCGGAGAAUUCCACUCCAGGCGAGCCCUCUCCGUCCCCGGCAAGCUCGAGAUCACCCACGCCCGCCUCCGCGACCUCAUCGACUCCGCCGCUGCCUAUCUCGUCUCCUCCGGCGUCCGCCCCGCCGACGUCGUCGCCCUCACCUUCCCCAACACCGUCGAGUUCGUGAUCAUGUUCCUCGCUGUAAUCCGCGCCCGCGCCGUGGCCGCGCCGCUCAACUCGGCGUACACCCAGGAAGAGUUCGAAUUCUAUCUCUCCGAUUCCGAGUCGAAGGUUUUGAUAACGAAUUCGGAGGGGAACGCCGCCGCGGAGGCCGCCGCGGCGAAACUCCAGAUCCCCCACGCCACCGCCGCCCUCCCGGACCCCGCCGGCCCGGUCCAGAUCUCGCUUCCCCGCAGGCCCGACUCGAUCGCCGACUCGGUCUCGGCGAUCAUCAACGAGCCGGCCGACGUCGCGCUGUUCCUCCACACCUCCGGCACCACGAGCCGGCCUAAAGGAGUGCCGCUGACCCAGCUUAACCUGGCCGCCUCGGUCAACAACAUCCGGUCCGUGUACCGGCUCACCGAGACCGACUCGACCGUGAUCGUCCUCCCCCUUUUCCACGUCCACGGCCUCCUCGCCGGCCUCCUCAGCUCCCUGGCCUCCGGCGCCGCCGUCACCCUCCCGGCCUCCGGCCGCUUCUCGGCCUCCACCUUCUGGUCCGACAUGCGCGCCUCCGCCGCGACCUGGUACACCGCCGUCCCCACCAUCCACCAGAUCCUCCUCGACCGCCAUUCCACACGGCCCGAACCGGACUACCCCAAACUCCGGUUCAUCCGCAGCUGCAGCGCGUCGCUGGCCCCGUCGAUCCUCUCCCGGCUCGAGGAGGCGUUCGGGGCGCCGGUCUUGGAGGCGUACGCGAUGACGGAGGCGUCGCAUCUGAUGUCGUCGAACCCGCUGCCGGAGGACGGGCCGCAUAAACCCGGUUCGGUGGGCCGGCCGGUUGGGCAGGAGAUGGCGGUGCUGGACGAGAAGGGGGCUCGCCAGCCGGCGCACGUGCCGGGGGAAGUCUGCAUCCGUGGGUCCAACGUCACCAAGGGCUACAAGAACAACCCGGAGGCUAACGAAUCCGCCUUUAAAUUCGAAUGGUUCCACACAGGAGACGUCGGAUUCAUGGACUCCGACGGAUUCCUCCAUCUCGUCGGUCGGAUUAAAGAGCUCAUCAACCGUGGAGGAGAGAAGAUAUCGCCGAUAGAGGUGGACGCGGUGUUGUUGUCGCAUCCGGACGUGGCGCAGGCGGUGGCGUUUGGCGUGCCGGACGAUAAAUACGGCGAAGAGAUAAAUUGUGCGGUGAUCCUGAGGGAAGGGGCGAAAUUGGAGGAGGAGGAGGUUUCGAGGUAUUGCCGAAAGAAUCUGGCGGCGUUUAAGGCGCCGAAGAAGGUGUUUAUAACGGAUUCGCUGCCGAAGACGGCGACGGGGAAGAUCCAGCGGCGGAUAGUGGCCGAGCAUUUCCUGGCGCUGGCUGAAGCUCCGAAGGUUGGAGCGUAAAAAUUAAGCAGCUUUUUUUGAACCAAAAAAAAGGGAAAAUAAAAGAGAAGAAAACAGAGUUUACGACGCGUUGUAGCGACUCAAAUUGAUGAAAAUGCUGCUGAUGAAAGUUAAAAACAAGCACGAAAACAGUGUUUAGAGGGGUUUUCAUGAACUUGUUUUCUAAAGAUUUGGCAGUGGGUCUCUCGUUUUUUUUUUCCUGAAAAAAAAGUAGUUUCCUAAAAGCUAUAAUAUUUUGUUUGCCGGCUCUCA